GUUGGAAUGCGAUCAUGGCGCCCCCACCUUCUCCCACUGAGCAUCACCUCGUGGCCCUGCAAGGCGAUUUCAUCAACACCCCCGAGUUCGAACUCCCACCUCCUCACACAUGCAAAAGAACCAUCUACGGCCAAACGGCGCUGUCCGAUCUCCAUGCCCGCAUCCACGACGCCACGAUCGUGGUCAUAGGCGCCCUCCGCUUAGAUGCAGAGACGCUAUCCCCCGAAGUCACCCCCUACCUCCGACUGAUUAUGGUUGUCGCCGCGGGUACCGAUUGCAUCGACCUCGAGGCAUGCCGGAAAAGGGGCAUCGCUGUGAGCAACUGUCCUGCCGUCAAUACCGAGGCUGUCUCGGAGCAUGCCCUCGGACUCUACUUCGCCGCCCGGCGCAGGGUCCUGCGCUUGCACACGCUGAUCAGGGCGGGCGAGUGGCCCCGGAGGCGGACCUUGAUGUUUGAUUGCCGCGCCCACGACGGCACCCCGCCUAUGACUUGCCAGGAGGAAGUGGCGGGGAUUAUCGGAAAUGGCGCUGUCGGGAAACGGAUCGCUAGUCUGGCCCGCGGGCUGGGAAUGAAGGUUAUCGUUGCCGAGCGCAAGCAGCCCGAGGAUCCGAGCGCGCUGGGCCAUCCGAACGGCAAUCAGGAGAGACUUCCAUUUGAAACGGUCAUCAAGCAGAGUACGGUGCUGUUCCUGGCGGUCCCUCUGGCGCCUACUACGCGCAAUCUCCUCUCGACGGCCGAGUUCGAAGCCAUGUCUCCGCAUGCGGUUCUGGUGAACGUCUCGCGAGGCGGCGUGGUAGACGAGGAGGCACUUGUCAAGGCAUUGCAAGAAAACCAGAUCACCGGUGCGGCAACGGAUGUAUUCCUGAAGGAGCCUGCUGGACCCGAGAACUCCCCAUUGCUGGCCGAGGGGACCGAGGAUCUCAACCUGGUUCUGUCGCCGCACUUGGCUUGGUACACCCAGCGGACGCUCAUCAACAGCGAGCGGAUGUUCAAGCAGACGGUGGAGAAGUGGUGUGUUGGAGAACGGAUGAAUGCGGUGGUCUGAUGAGCCAGUCAUUAAUGCAUGAAUGCCAAUGAAUAGAUUAGAUUAAUAAUGAUUGUAUCGAGAGGAAUGUUCGACUGAAUCCUUGGAAUUGAAAUGGUCGUUGUUAUCGCGGCUGACUCAGCCGCGAUCCAGUGCGCCGGGUGAUGGUAGCCUGACAGCCUGACAGCCUGACAGCCUGAGCAUUAAUCAUCAAUCGCAUCAUCGGCGAUGC